AUGACAUCAGCAAUUCUCUGUGAGGGUCACUUUAAUUCGUAUGGCUACGGUGCAUAUGGUUACGGACAACAAGUAGCCACUCCUUAUGGACACGAUGAAACGGGAAUGAUGCAAGGUGUGAUGGGUCCGGGAACUGGCGGAGGUAAUUGUGGUAGCUCAGGAGGAGCUUACAAUGCCCGUUAUCAUUUCCAAGCAGCACAGAAUGCUGGAUUUGAUACUGGUAGUGAAGGCGAUCAGUCAAAUGUUCUUUUCUAG